GAUGGGGGAUAGGACUAGGAAAAAAGAGAGUCCAGGGAACAGGGACUCAGUCACGGCCACAGGACGGUCUCCAGUAUACCACGAGUGAGGCUGUGAGCCUGGGAAAGGCAGUGGAGAUGUCACGUGGGGAUGUGUUCAGGAAAGCAGACCAGUAAAACAAGAAUGCUUCAGAACAAUUUUCAUCAUGGAAGUGAUGAUUGAGAUAUCAAAAAUCCUUUGAGAACAACCAUGGGGAGUAGUUAAGAUGUAUCAACCUCUGCAAGAAGAUUCUUUGGGACCUGUCACAACCUAAAAACCUUUUCUCUGGAACAAAGAUCAGAAGGAGGUACUCUGGAUCUCCUUAGGCCGGUUUGGAACAACUGCGGGAGGAGGGGACAGCGCGGCGCCCACCACCUGCCACCGGUGGGGGACACUUCGGCGGAACCGAAAACCGGAGUUGUUCCCCAGAGCCAGUCCAUUGAGGCUGAACUCUGUAAGCCUGGAGAGUGUCUUGGCAGCAACCUGCAAAUUCCGAAAUGACCACUCUGCCCCCACUACCCAUGACACGCCCAAAGCUUACGUCCUUAGCCAGACAGAAGCUGCCAUGUUCCCUUGGAACAAUUCCAAGGUCUCAAUUGAUCAAAGGAAAAGAUGACAUAGAUCAUUAUCUGGAGGCAAAUUUCAAAGGAUUGUCAAAAGAAGAGGUUGCUGCUUACAGGAACUCGUACAAGAAGAACAUCUGUGUGGACAUGCUGCGAGAGGGUUUUCAUAAGUCCUUCACUGAGCUCUUCGCGCUGAUGAAGCAGUGGGAGGCCCUGAGGGAGGCUGCGAGGGUUAGAUCCGUCUUCUGGCAGCAGAGGCCCCUGGAAGAGCAGCCUGAUAAGCUGGACCGCUUCUACCAUCACCUGACUAGAGCUGAGACUGCUGAACGGAAUCAAUACUUUGAAGAUGUAUAUAAUAACUUGUAUGCUCUGGCCUGUUACUUCAAUAAUUCUGAAGACAAGUGGGUAAGGAAUCACUUUUAUGAACGAUGUUUUAAGAUUGCUCAACUGAUCAAAUUUGACGGUGGGAAGAAAGAAGCCGAAGCGCAGGCGCACAUGGGUCUUCUCUACGAGGAAGACGGUCAGCUUCUAGAAGCUGCCGAGCAUUAUGAAGCUUUCCAUCAAUUGACGCAAGGGCAGAUAUGGAAGGAUGAGAGAGGCCACUUUCUCAACUUCUUGGCCUGCAAAAGUCUCCUGAGGACUUACAGAUUACUCUCAGACAAAAUGCUGGAAAAUAAAGAAUACAAACAGGCCAUCAGAAUUCUAAUAAAAGCUUCUGAAAUAGCCAAAGAAGGAAAUGACAAAAAGAUACAAGGAGAAGCAUUGUAUUACUUGGGCUUAGCACACUUGGCUGCUGGAGAGUACGAAAUGGCAUUAACAGUCCUGAACAGUUACAUAAAAAUCUCUACAGACCUGGAGGACGACCUCAGCCUGGGGAAAGCCUAUGAAGCAAUGGCCAAGGCCCUGCAGAGCCAAGGAGAGACAAUGGAAGCAAUUAAGUACUUGAAAAAAGUUCUGAAAAUUGCAAGAAACAAUUUCCAAAACUUAGACAUUGCUAGAGCAAGUACAAUGCUUGGGGACAUUUACAAUGGAAAAGGAGUCUAUAGCAGAGCAUCUGAAUACUUCCAACAAGCUUUUGACACAACAAGCGAGCUAAUGAACAUGCCUCUGAUGGACGAAACAAAAGUUCAUUAUGGAAUAGCAAAAGCUCAUCAGUUGAUGCUGACAGUUAAUAACUAUAUAGAAGUUGCAGAUUUCACCAGCCUUGACUACUUGCUGUCAUGGAAAGAGAGUAGAAGUGACAUAGCACCUGAUCCACUUAUUGGAGAGUCUAGAAGAUCCACAAUGGAAAGUUUAUCUCAGCACUCAGAACAUUCAGAAAAAGAACUAAGGGGAUCUGUGAAUAAUCAAAAUUCUGAUGCUUAAAGCAGCUUUUGACACAACAGCAAAGCAAGAGGAAAAUCAUCAUAUCACGUUAGACUUUGAUAUGUGUUAAUAGGAAUAUGUUACAAAUAGUGUAGAGUUAUAAUAAAACUGACUGUGAUUAUGUUUACAUUGGAUUUUGUAUUGCAAUGCAUUACUACAAAUAGAGUUUAAAACUUCUAAAUCCACAAAAAUGGAUAUCUCCCAAAUGCUUAGAGAUAUCAACAAUUAUCCAUAAAAUAAACUGCAACAUUUUCCCUCUCUUCCACUAUAUAAUAGAUAUAAUAGAAUAAAAAAUUGUUUCUAAUGAGACAGUAAUUAUAAACUUAAGGGCAUCUUCUAUAAUGAAUAAAUGAAGGAUUAUAUUUACUAAAAUUCCAGGGAAACUUUUCAGAAUAUAUAAAUGGAUCAUAAGCAAUAAAAACUACCAUAUUGAUAAGUACUGUUCAAAACAGUUCAUUUUACAUGUGCAAAUUAUAUUUUGUGAUAAUUUUGGCUGAACGUAGGUAAUCUCAUUUACCCAUGUCAAUAAAAGAUUUGGCAAAAAAUCCUUCAGCCUUCAGACCCUCUCCUGAUAAAUUUUGCAAAAUGAGAGAAUGCAGCUAAAGUGAUUAUAAGCAUAAUUUCUGAAGAUCUCCAGAUCGAAGGGAAUUCGUGAUGGAUGUACUUUACCAACAAUAAAGACUUUUACUCUCAUUUAACCUUGGUCAGUAGACACUUUAAUUUUGGUUUCUUUGAAUGCUCCACGAUUGAAGGGUAGAGAAUAACCCUGGAAUACUGCAAUGUGUGGAAUAAUUUUGCUUUCCAUUGAAUAGUGAAGCAUCAGCAUUCUGACCAAGGAGAAGACAUGAUUCAAUGCAAAUACCAAAAACUGUGGAUGAUCCAUAUGAAAAAAAAGGAUUUCCUAUGUUGUUCAUUGAGUCAGUAGAAGCAAUUUCCACAACAUCGUUGAUUCCUGAGUGAUUUUUUGCAAUACCCACAGACUUCCAUUGGUUUCUUUGUCCUAAAAUUAGAAUCAAAGUGCAUUUAUGUCUUAGAGCAACCCCAGUUCUCUUCCUUUAGGUUACAAAAUAUUGAGACAGAGAAUUAAGGUAGUUAGGGCAAGUGUCUGAAAAUAGAUGUCCUGUAGUGAUCACCAGGUUUUCUUUUGCCAGAGAUUUCUUUGUUUAGCUAGGAUCAGUCAUUUAAAAGACUAAUGUUGCCCAGGAACAGAUAAACUGAUCAAUGUAACUGAAAAUAGCAUUUGAAACAGACCAGAUGAUAAAGGUGGAAUUUCAAAUCAGAGGGGAAAAGAUGAACUAUAUAAUGAAUAUGUUGAAACAAUUGGUUAUCUCUAUGGGAACUAUAUAAUCUUUUCCCUAUGUCACACCAUCAAAUAAGAAUGUACCAUAAAUGUACCAGAAUAAAAGAGAGGGAUAUGUUUUGAUAAAGUUGGGUUGGAGAAUGCCUUCCUAAGAAAGAAAUAAAUGUCAAGUGCAGAAAAAACAACCCUGCAAUAUAUGUAACUUCACUUUAAAAGAUCCAUAAAGUGAAAAUGUCAUUAAACAAAGUUAAAAGACCAACAACAGGAAAGGAGAAGAAUUUCCAAUGGAAAAAAAAAAAAAAAAAGAUAAUGCCCACAA